ACCUGCGGGCCGGGGGCGGGGCGGGCCACACACGCUGAGGGACGUGGAGGCCGGAGGAGAGCUAGGAGUAAGAAAAAUGUGACCCUGCGACCCCAAACGCCGCUAGGCUCCCUCUCCUGCGCUCCACCUGCUCGUCUUCACACAGCUGCCAGCCGGCCAUGGCCAGCCCUGCGCCCUUAGUGGCUUCCAUCAGCCACCAAAUGGUGGCUCUGCAGACCCUGCAGCUGCUACAGCAGGAGUGGGGAUGGGGCGACGGUCCUAGCGCCCCCGGAAGCCCGCGCGGUCAGGACCACGUGCCCGUCGCCCAAGCUCGUCGCUCAGGCCAGAUGCGGACCCGGCGGGGGCUGGGGCGCGGGGGCGCCGGAGCGCGGAGCUCCCCCGAAGCAGGCGGGCUGCGAGGCGCGGAGGGGGGCGCGGAGCUGCUGCCCUUCCCCCGGGACCGCGGGCCCUGCACCUUGGCGCGGAUGGCGAUGCGCAGUGCUCUGGCCCGCGUGGUGGACUCGACCUCGGAGCUGGUCAGCGUGGAGCAGACUCUGCUUUGGCCUCUCUCAGCAAGAGCGGCCCUUCCCAUCCACCUGAAGGACAGUGUUGAGUUUAGAAACAUCUGCAGUCACCUGGCUCUGCAGAUUGAAGGACAGCAGUUCGACAGAGACUUGAAUGCCGCCCACCAGUGCCUGAAGACCAUAGUCAAGAAGUUGAUCCAGUCACUUGCUAAUCUCCCAUCGGAUGCCCACGUGGUGGCCUGUGCUUCCUUGAGACAGAUCUUACAGAAUCUCCCAGAUGUAUGAGCAUGAGAGACAGCCAGACUGCAGCUGGCUCUGCUGAGAGAACCGGAUCCUUCGCCUUCCUAAACAACUAGCCGUGAUGGGUGUUCAUAUUCCCAAAAGGACUUGAUAGUUCACGUCUACGUCUGCCCAAGAGCGCCUGGAGCCUUCAGCAUUAUAGCAUGCGAGUGCACAUAUUUCUAAACUUGUAGUGUACAUUUUUUAAGUAUGUUAACUUACUGCUGAUUUUAUGACUGAAAUAUAUUUCUCUUUGUGGAGCUAA